AAUCUUUAUGCCAAUUCGAAACCUCGAACCAAAAAUUCACCUCAACAUCAACAGCAACACAUACGAAAAUGGCUUCGACAUCGAGAUCGCCUUCGCGCGACCGCUACCGCUCCCGCACCCGGUCUCUGACACCGAUGUCCGACCGGUCACGUUCGCCAGCCCGCCGUCGCUCAUACGAUUCACGCUCCCCGUCGCGUUCUAGAUCACCCACGCCGCGACGAAGUGGCAGACACAGAACGGAGAGUCGCAGCCGCAGCCGCAGUCGUAGCGAUAGCCGAGGACGCUCUGCGAGCCCCUCAGUGAGGACUACCAAGAUUGUUGUCGAGCGUCUGACCAAAAAUAUCAACGUCGACCACUUGGAGGAAAUCUUUGGCCAAUACGGACGUAUCAAAGACCUCCAUCUUCCCAUCAACGGAACACUUGGCACCAACCGCGGCACUGCGUACAUCCUCUAUGAAACCGAAGCCGAUGCGGAGGAAGCCAUCGCCCACAUGCAUGAGGCACAGCUUGAUGGCACCGUAAUCAACGUCUCUAUCGUUCUCCCUCGACGCAAAGUUUCCCCAGCACCUCCCCAGGCCCGUCGUGGCGGAGGCUUCGAUCCCAGAGGCCCUCCCCCUGGAGGUCGUGGUGGUAGAGGCGCGGGAGGGCGAGGGGCUGGCUCCUUCGGCCACAACGGCCCUCGACGAGGCGCGUCGCCCCCGCCUGGUCGAUUCGGUCCCCGAUCAGACACAUACCGGCCUGGUUCGCCGUCGCGUUCUCCGACUCGAUCCCCUGGUGCCGCUCCGCCGUCCAGGGGUGGUGGAAGCAGAUAUAGAAGCCGGUCCAGAUCCUACUCCAGAUCUCCUUCACCACCCCCGAGACGUGGCGGCGGUGGUCGAGGUAACGACCGUAACCGCCGGAGAAGGAGCCCGAGCCGAGACAGCUACGAUAGCUACGACAGCCGUCGAUCCCGGUCUCCAAGCCAAUCCCGCGACCGUGGUGGCCGCGGAGGCGGCCGCGGAUACCGAUGAACGAGAGAUUGAGCAUGGCUUGGCGAAAAUGGGGUUCUGUUAUUUCACGGCGUUUGGGAGGAACGAGGAAAAGUCGGUUGGGAUACCCACCUUACAAUUUGCGGCGGGCGUGGGCACCUCAGUUGACCCGUAAGACCUGACCAUGCCUACACGCAUUCUCAGCUAAUCGCAUAGAGGUAUGCCUAGAAUACCGCUUCUUGACAC